AUGCUAUCGACUACUGAAAUUGCAGCGGUUGUUGGGAUCGCUGGUGUUUCAAUCUUCCUUUUAAGAUGCUAUUUGAGAGGUGGUUCAUGUCGUAGUCAAGCUCGACUGGAUCAUAAAACAGUUAUUAUUACUGGUGGUAAUACUGGCAUCGGUAAAGAAACGGCUAUCGAUUUAGCUAAACGAGGUGCUCGAAUUAUUUUAGCUUGUCGUAGUGAAAAUAAAGCCAUGGAUGCUAUUAGAGAUAUUAUUAAGUUAAGUGGAAAUAGUAAUGUUGUCUUUCGAAAACUCGAUCUUGCAUCGUUCCAAUCUGUACGUGAUUUUGCCAAGCAUUUUAACGAGAAUGAAGCUCGUCUAGACAUUUUAAUUAAUAACGCUGGCGUGAUGAUGUGCCCGUACACGCAAACUGCAGAUGGAUUUGAAAUGCAAUUUGGGACCAAUCAUUUAGGCCACUUUUUAUUAACGAAUUUAUUAUUAGAUAAAUUGAAAGCCUGUACACCAAGCAGAAUUGUCGUUGUCAGUUCCAAAGCUCAUCGACGUGGCAAAAUGAAUUUCCAUGAUUUAAAUAAUCCCCAAAAUUACGACCCUUACACUGCAUAUUUUCAAAGUAAACUGGCCAAUGUUUUAUUUGUUCGUCAGUUGUCUCAUAGAUUACAAGGCACUGGUGUUACUGCCAAUUCGUUACAUCCAGGCGUAGUUCAUACCGAUCUUCUUCGCCAUUUCUCUAUCUAUCAAGUCGGCCUCUUCAAUUUUUUAUUAGCACCCUUAUUUUGGCUUGUACUGAAAACAUCCAAACAAGGAGCUCAAACCACCAUCUAUUGUGCAGUCGAUGAGUCAUUAAAUGGAGUAACUGGUGAAUACUUUGCUGACUGCCGUCAGAAAGACUGUGCACCGCAAGCUUGUGAUGAUGGCGUGGCUAAAAAAUUGUGGGAAGUAAGCGAAGAAUGGACUGGAUUCUCGAGUCGGGAUUCGUAA